UAGAAAUCUACGUGGGAAAAUAUGAUGCUUGGAGGACAGAGAUAUCAGAUAAGUUCUCUGAACUGACUGGUGACGAGGUGUUGGUGUUAUUCUGUUUUCUGUGUUCUGACUCCGGUCCCCCUGAUUUCACUGACACAGAGUGGCUGGACAUGCUUAAUGGGAUACGACAGGAAGUGUACUAUAAACAGAAUCCUGUAACACGUGAGGAAGCACAGCAGACUCUGGACAGACUGAAGUCACGUGAUUACCUUUGGGAAGAUCAGGACAAGAUAACGGAGGACACAAAGGAUGAGACAAUGUAUAGGAUAGCAUCAAAAAACAGUUAUAUACCAUUCCUUUACAGUAGUUUUGAUACAGCCAGCGUGUACCUGAGAUCAGGGGGAUACAACAGAAAACCUGGAGAGAAGUGUGUCUGUGGUCCUCGCCGGGAUCGCUUACUGAUACGCCGUCUACAGAUGAACAUACUGAAUCACGUCACCAUGGAAGACACAAAGAUAUAUGAUGAGAUACACCAGAUAUUAAAUAUCCCAGAAAAUAUAAUUAAGAAGGGUAAAGAUGAACGAAAAGAUUUUUUAACGGAACUAAGAAGAGAAGGGGAGGCUGUACAUUACAGAGGAAGAUCACAGGACAGUGUAGAUCACGUGACGUGGCUCUGGAGAUACCGAAGACCUGAUAUCGUGAGAUCUUGUAUAGGUCUAUAUCCACACAACGACAUAUACAUCAUCGACAACAAACCUCACAGAAAACCAAGUAAAAUCCAUAGCUAUGAGCCGGAAGUCAGAUGUCAACUUUAUUGUUUACUUAUAUCUGAUAAAUAUUGGAUUAGUUUCAUUGAACAAUCACACAGAAUCACAAAGGACAAAAUCAGACAGAGGUAUUUCCCUGAUAUUACUGAUGACAGCUCGGUAGAUCUUCCUUGUGAAAUCACAGAAACACGUGACGGUGUGAUAACCUUUAUAUCAGACGACAUCCGACAUGACGUCAUGUACGCCUUUGUUACGGAGUGUCUGGUGGAGGACAGUGAUCUGGAGUUUUUCCUGACCACGGCGUCACGUGAUGUGAUCUCAGAAUACUGCAGACUCUGGAAUUAUAAGAGGAGUGAGGGAGAGAGAUGUCUGUAUGUACCGGAGGAGCCGGAGAAGAUGUACGACCUCUUUAUAGACAAACUACAGCUGGACAUCAUCACACACUGUACCAUGUCUGACAGGGGGAUUCAUGACAGGAUCAGUAAACGUUUGAAGAUACCCAAAGAAGUACUUCGUUGGGACCUAAAAGCAAGAAAAAGGUUCGUCAAAAUUUCAAGUCACGGCAGUGUGAACAUGUGCCGAGCCAGAGGAUUGAUAGUGGGAUGCGCCGGCGCAGGAAAAACGACUCUUCUUAGAAAACUUCAAAGGGGAAACAUAGAAGAAAACGAACAACCAACUAAGACAACCGUCGGUCUGGAUAUUCACGAGGAUUUGUUUGAAAUUAAAGAUGACACAUUAAUAGAUUUUGAUAAAAAUGGAAUCCAGUCAGACAAAACUUCUAACAGCACAGAUGGAAGACAACUAAUAAGUAUGACGGAUUUCGCUGGACAAGUAGCGUAUUACGCGUGUCACCAGAUUUAUCUCUCCAGAAGAGCAUUUUAUCUCAUGGUUGUUGACAUGUCUAAAGAUCUGAAGGAGAAAGCUAUAUCAUACGACACUGACAGACACAACCCCUUGGGAUCUUUAUUUCAUAACUGGACAUUUGCAGACUAUUUUGUGUUUUGGCUGCAAUCCAUCAAGACCUACUGUGAUGAUGGGAAGUCUAAAGAAAGUCGAAGUGAUAAAUCCAAAGCCAGCCCUGUUAUCCUGAUUGCCUCUCAUCAUGACUGUGUAAAGGUAAAACUUUUUAAUGAAACAACGCCCAGCCAAACUUCAUUCUAUGACGCAAUAGAGAAAUGCUUGCCUAGUGAACAUACACUGAAUGAUCACAUUUCUCCUUCACGUUACUACGAGAUUGAAUGUCCACUGGGAAAACUGAAUGAACAGCAAAGAGAAGCUAUAGAACAAGUCAGAAAAUGCAUUGUUAGAACAGCAAAAAGUCUUCCGCAAUGGGGUGAAAAAAUUCCCCACAUAUGGUACAUGUUUGAGCGAUUUGUACAAGAACGUAAAGCAAAGAGAAUUAUCAGCAGAUAUAGCCUACUAUUUGAGAAAGAAUUUAAAAUCCUAGAAGAAAAUGAGUUGGAUGAUAUGCUCAAAUACUUUUCAGAGGUGGGCCAGAUAAUUUAUUUCUCGGAAGAAGGACUGAGACACAAUAUAAUAUUAGACGUUGGUUGGUUUGUAGACGCUUUUAAAAAUAUCAUUACAGAUCCUACUCACGCUCGCUCAGCAUGCAGUAGGGUUAAAGAGUGGGAAAUUUUCAUGAAGAAUGGUAUGAUUUCAUAUUCAACACUGGUCAGCGUAUGGGAGGAAAAGGAGGAAUCAUAUGUUCUUGAAAAAGAUACUAUUAUACCAUACAUGGAAAAACUUGGUAUUCUUGCAAAAUUGAAAACACAAUAUGUUGAGGUGAAGGACGCUGAAUCUUUUGGGAAUAGACAAGAAUCAUUGUACUACAUCCCAAGUGUAAAUAAGACCGACUUCACAACAAAAGGCUUCGAUUUCUUCAACAACGGAUAUAAAACUCCGAUCUUGGUGUUUUCUUUUAAAACAUUUAUUCCUCAUUUCUUUUUCUUUAGACUUGUUGCGAUUUGCUUUGCCAGGUGGGAAUUGUUAAGUGAAUACCGACUAUGCAAAAACGUUGCUUUUUACAAGGAAAAAGGUGAUGACAUUAACAUUGCAAUUGCAGUCAAUAAAACAUCAAUUCAAUUGCAAGCGUUCACUCCAGAUAAAAAUAUCAACCUGGAAAAUACAGAUACGAAAAAUAUCAGAAUUCAAAUUGAACAAAUGCUUGAAGAGCUUACCACAACUUUCCAUCAACGAGUUCUCUAUGAAGUCGGAUACCCUUGUAGUGAUAUAAAUAUCACUGAAGAAGAUGAGGGUUGUUUCUUAUCAGAGACAACCGUCGCCGAACUGAAAACGAAUAAAAGAGUUUGCCCGAAUUUUAGAAAAGAGGAUCAUAGAGAGCAUCAGAUUGUACGUGAUGACUUGUUGCAUUAUUGGUACACGGGAGUUGAUAGCAGAGCCCAGUCUUCUUGAUGUUUGGCCAAAAAGAAAAUGGUUGUUAAAAGAAACAGUUCAAAUGUACCAAGCACGCUCUAUUUUCGAUUCUCUUAUUAACUCUGUUACACGCUGGUGGUGUAUCUUAAUAUGUAUUGAUAGAAAAAAUAAUAUAUAUUAAAUUAAUUUUGCAUUCAUCUGCUGAGUUUGACAAAAAAAAAUUAACAGAAUCAAACUUGGCCAUUCAGUCAACAGAAAAUCUACUGAAAGGCCACAUGUAGUGGGGGACAGAUAUCUACCAUUCAAGGACUAUUUCCAGAGUUUUCAGUGAUCAAUUAGUAAAUUAAUUGAAUUAAGAGGGUUAUUCCUGUAAUUCAGGUUAUGCAAUAGAUGAAUGAUUAUUUUUCUGAUUAUACAAGCAUUACUAUGGUUGCUUUAUUUAAUUCAUAUAUUAAUG